AUGGCUCCCUCCUCGCGGUCCUCUGACGGCCCCCCCGGCCUGGGCUAUCUGCCCGCUCCCCAGCCUCGCUCCGGCACCUCCACCGGAAGCUCCUCGCCCAACGAGAUGCCCGCCUCUGGGCCCAUCAGACCCUCGUUCGCCGUCAACGGCCUGUCAUCCUCCAAUAGCUCCCUGGGGAGUGCACGAAGGACCGCCGGCUCGCCGUCGCACGAGCUCAGCGCGCGUUUCUACUCGAAACGAACCAGAGAAAUCAAGGCACAAGAAGGUGUCUCUCCCGGCAUCUGGGGCCCUCCCACCAGCGGGAACUCCACCCCACUGCGCGAGAACAUCCCCGAGUCGCCCAGCCAGGAUGAGUUUCCCGACCUGGUGCCGCUGUCGGAACCCAACCUGUGCAGCCCGGCCCGGAGGGCGCGCGCUGAUACCGUUCCCUCGCGCUUCCAGCCCGUGGGCGCCCCCAACGGCCUCCCCUCGUCCUCGUCGGCCAGCAUCUCCAAGUCAUCUCGACCCACCCCAUCCACCAGCCCGUUUCGGCCUCCUGGCCUGGACUCUCUGAGAGCCGCAGGGUCGGGCAGUGCCCCCUUGAUGUCCCGCCUAAGAGCUGGAUCUAUGCCACAACGCUCUCCCCUCGUGACCAGCAGCAACCCCUUUGGCCCUGGCCUGUUCUCGACUAACUGGACCCGCGAUCGCACCCCCACCCUGACUAGCAUCCGAUCCUCAGAAGGACCUGGAUCGCCGUCUCAAUCCUCUAUAUCGAGAGACGGUCUCGCAGAUACUGGGGUCAAGACCCUGAACUACCUGGGCCUGAUAGAAACUCCAGAACCAACCGGAGCUACUCUGGCCCACUCUUCGGCCGAUUUGUUGAUGCGGCAGCAGCAGCAGCAGCAGGCCGCCUCAACUAUGCUACCCGAUAUGAACCUCGUGAACCGGGGCGCCAAUCGGUUUCGCUCCUACUCCGUAAACGCCAAAGAAAAAUAUGCUGAGAACGAGGAGAGGCUUCGCCAGAGUUCGACUCCACAGUCCGGCCUCAUAAAUCCCGCCGCAGCUGCCGCAGUAGCUGAAAUGCAGGCCACGCAGGUUCAGAUUUUGCAGCAUAACCUGGCCGUUCAAGCGUUUGCCAACCACACGUCCAUCAGUCGGCCUCGUGCCCGCACCGCAGGAGUGUUGGACGCGCCUCUUCAGCGAUCGGCUAUUCAAGGCUACUUUCCAGCCCCGUCCAGACUGGACUACGGCCGCUCUCCAGGUGACGUUGGGAUCGCGGAAGCUGGAGAAUACGAGGAGUUGCAAGACGCUGUCCAGAUGAUGCAUCUUGGGGGGCGGUCUGGUAUUGAUGGAGCCGAAGACGGCGUCAUCGAAGGCCCGACACGCGCUCUCUGGAUCGGCAGCAUCCCCGUUUCCACUACUGUCACGUCUCUGGACGCUAUCUUCAGCCGGUUUGGCAAAAUCGAGUCUACCCGAGUUCUGACGCAUAAAAAUUGUGGGUUUGUCAACUUCGAACGCUUGGAUAACGCGAUCAAGGCCAAGACGGAAGUAAAUGGCAAAGAGAUUUUCCCCGGCGCCGGCCCCGUUCGUAUUGGCUUCGCCAAAGUCCCCGUCUCGCCCACUUCUGAAACCCCUGGCCGCAGCGAUGCACAGUCCUCCCCCACGCCCGAGUCCACGACUCCCAAUCACGCCCCCGAGGGCGUUUGCGGCACCGAAAAUGAGAACGGAGACCAGGCCGACGUUCCCAAGAUCCCGGAACUGUCUGAGUUGGUGACGGAGAUGUUGCGCAUUGUCGUUGAAUUCGGUGCGUCGGACGCGGAGCGCGACAGCAUCGCCGAGAGUAUCAACAGAGCCAUUGAAUACUGCUCGUUCCGCGAUGAGAUCAGCCCGGUGCCGGAACCGAGCCCCACGAGAACGUUUGAUGCCCCCAAGAUUAGAGAGCUCCGCAAACGUAUCGACAACGGAACCUGCAGCGUGCAGGAGAUUGAGGAUGCGGCAAUGCUCAUGCUGCCCGAGAUUGUCGACCUCUCCUCUGAUUAUCUUGGCAACACUGUUGUCCAGAAACUCUUCCUCUUCUGCUCUGACCGGACGAAGGGAGCGCUGCUUGCUCCGGUGGCUCCCCAUCUCGCUGAAAUCGGCGUGCAUAAAAACGGUACUUGGUCCGCGCAGAAAAUCAUCGAUUACGCCAAAACCGAUAGCCAGCAGCAAAUGAUUGUGGAUAGUCUGCGACCAUAUACUAUCCCGCUCUUCCUGGACCAGUUUGGCAACUAUGUCCUCCAAUGUUGCCUGCACUUUGGCCCCCCGUAUACCGAUUUCCUCUAUGAGACCAUGAUCAGUCGGCUGUGGACUAUCGCCAAAGGUAGAUUUAGCUCUAGAGGAAUGCGGGCGUGUCUGGAGAGCCACCACUCCACGAAGAAUCAGCUUCGAAUGGUUGCCUCUGCCAUUGUUCUCCACAGCCCCCAGCUGGCAGUCAUCUCCAACGGAGCUCUUCUAAUAACGUGGUUCUUGGAUACCUGUAACUUGCCCCAUCGUCGGACCGUGCUUGCUCCUCAGCUCGUUCCUCACUUGACGUAUCUUUGCACGCACAAGGUGGCGCACACGACUGUUUUGAAGGUCAUCAAUCAGCGGAAUGAACCCGAGGCAAGGGAAAUUAUUCUCAAGGCGAUAUUCUUCAGCCCUGGCAAUGAGACGCUGGAGAAUAUCUUGAAGGAUCCGACAACCGGUGCUACGAUGAUCUUUAAGGCCCUCACCACACCGUUCCAUGAAGAACCCAUGCGUGCUGAAUCUGUCAAAGCCGUGGUUAAAGUCCUUACGAAGCUCAAGACUACGCCCAAUCAGGGAUACAAGCGCCUCAUGGACGAAGUUGGCCUCUCACGUAGCGGCUCAUCGAGAGAUCAGGCAAAUGGCCAGGCUGAGAGAUCGUCAAACAGACAGCCUCCAAGACAGCCAUCAGGAAAUGCUCAGCACGCUGCUCAGCGGCAAUACAAUGGCCAAUAUCCCCAUAACAUGCAACCUCAGCCCUUCCACUCCCCUGCACCUAUGUCCCGGUCGACUUCGUCAGAGCAUGUCAUCCCGCCCUUUGAUUCCUAUCCCCUUGCUGGAAUCCCUCCCGGCGCACUCGCCGGCUAUCCAGUCAUGAACAGCCUCCCCUACGGCGCCCCGGACCCCAUGAACCCUCUCAGCGGCCCGCUGCAAUAUUCAAGCUACUACGCCGCGCCGCCUCGACAAGUGCCCUCGAUCUCCGGCGGAGUCUACACGACCAUCCCCGCGCCAAACGGUCUCGGCUACCACCCUUCGCAGAUCGAGAACUACCGCGUGCCUGCCCACCACUCCGCGCACCCCGGCCCGUCCGUCCACCCCAGCCCGACUCCGCUCGUGCAGCAGCCUGGCUUCGCGCCCGUCACGCAGUUCAGCCCGAUCCCUCAUAACGCGGUCCUGGCUGGUCCCGCGCCGCCAAUGUAUACCUAUCCCCAGAACUUUUACACCCAGGUCCCGCCUGCUCCACAGGUUCCGCCUCCUGGCCCAAGACGUGGACGCAGAUAA